AUGUAUAGAUAUAGACCUUGUCCAAGAUGUGGCGAUACAUUCACAACAAACCAAAAAUUCAAGUAUUAUUUAACUGAAAGAAAGCACCCUUGUGCACCUCGAAAUAUAUUACAAGCAACUGUGCCAGUUUCUAGCUCUGAACUCUUGUCUAAUUUAGAUUCGCAAUUUCAAGUAAUAAAAGAUCCCAAUGCUAGAAAAUCAGGUGAGUCUGUUAAACAAUGGAGAUCGAGAUUACGAAAAAAAGUCAAAGAAUUAGGUAACAAGGAUUGUGUACAGCCAAAAAUUAAUGAGUCAGAGACUCGAGGCUAUGCCUCUCCUGAAGCUGGUCCAGGCCCUCGUACCCAAUCUCAUCAUGAAGGUAAACUUAUUAAAUCAGAAGAAAUAGUAACUCAACAAACCACACUAUUAGAUAAUAUAGAAUUGCAACCU